AUGACGGACCUACCAGCGUCCCAGCGAUUGCGGGCGCCAAAAAAGCAUGGCGGGGUUGAAUGGCAGAAAUGGUCGCAGUGCCCCGCCGGAAUCAAUGCUGGGAAUUUGAAAGAGUCAUCGCGAAUUUUGGCCGACACCGCAAGAUCGAUACCCCCCCCCUCCUUCACCUCCUACGAGAACGCCUUUGGCCUACGAAAUAUUCUGCAGGAACUGGCUGCAGCUAUGGCGUCCGAUCUCACAAAGCCCGUUCUGGACGCGCUGUCCGCGUCCAACGAGCCCAUUCUGUCCACCGAGGCUUUCCCCUCCCACCCCUCAUCGAAUGUCAAAAGUGCGCUGGACCGCCUGGGCUCCCGGCAGAUGAUCGAAUAUGAAACACUCGAAAAAGAAGUUUAUGUGCUCACCUCGGAGGGUGAUGAGAUUGCUGCCAAUGGCAGUCACGAGGCCAAGGUCUUUGCUGCCGUCGUCGCUGCUCUCGACGGCCUUAAGAUUAGCGAUCUGCCUGGUCUAGUGGGGAAGGAUAACGCCAAGGUCGGCCAGGGCAAUGCCUUCAAGCGCGGCUGGAUCAAGAAGGAUAACGACAAGCUACGGGCAGUGAAGGAGUCAAUUGUCGACGAGACCCGUGAGCAGCUGCUCACCGUACAAAAGACAAAGGGUCUCGGUGAUGCGAAGGCCCUCGCCGACCUCAAGCGAAGGAAAUUGGUCUCCGUUACCAAGGACAUUGCCUACAAGAUCUCCAAGGGCCCCAAGUAUGCUCGGGAGUUCGUCAAGGAGGAGACCGACCUCACUCCCGAGAUGCUCGCCGAUGGCUCGUGGAAGACCGUCCAGCUGAAGCCCUACAACUUCAAUGCCAAAGGUGCCAACACUCCCGCUGGUGCGCUGCACCCUCUGAACAAGGUGCGCCAGGAGUUCCGGAACAUUUUCUUCGAGAUGGGAUUCGAGGAGAUGCCCACCAACCGAUUCGUCGAGACCGGCUUCUGGAACUUUGACGCUUUGUUCGUGCCCCAACAACAUCCUGCCCGUGACCUUCAAGAUACCUUCUACAUUGCCGACCCUCUCAAGGCCGACCCCCCUCGCGAGGAUCCUGUAAACGACCCGCACCGCUCCAGAGUUAACCAGCCUGGCUCCCAAGCGACAGAGGGAAAGCCUCUGGACUACCAAAAGUACUGGGACAACGUGCACGAAGUCCACGAGCACGGCAAGUUCGGCUCCAUUGGCUACCGCUACCCCUGGAACGCUGACGAGUCCCUUCGCCUGGUUCUCCGCACUCACACCACCUCCAUCUCGGCGAACAUGCUGCACAAGCUUGCCGCCAACCCGCGGCCGGCCCGCUUCUUCAGUAUCGAUCGUGUCUUCCGAAACGAGGCCGUCGAUGCCACUCAUUUGGCAGAGUUCCACCAGAUUGAAGGUGUCAUUGCGGAUUUCGGUCUCACCCUGGGUGGUCUGAUCGGCUUCAUGGAGGUUUUCUUCGCCAAGAUGGGUAUCCACCAGCUGCGCUUCAAGCCCGCCUACAACCCCUACACUGAGCCCAGUAUGGAGAUUUUCGGUUACCACGAGGGCUUGGGCAAGUGGGUAGAAAUCGGCAACAGUGGUAUGUUCCGACCGGAGAUGUUGGAGUCGAUGGGUAUCCCCAAGGACAUGCGAGUCUAUGGUUGGGGACUGAGUCUGGAACGGCCAACUAUGAUCAAGUAUGCCGUUAGCAACAUCCGUGAGCUGCUUGGACACAAGGUCGACUUGAACUUCAUUGAGACCAACCCAGCUGUCCGUCUUGAAAAGGAGUAA